AUGCUAUUAUGCGUCAAAUGUUUAACACCAAAAUCUGAGAAUGCAAUACGUAAUGUAUUAAGAUCUGUGAAAUAUGUUUUGGUCAUAGAUGUUUUUGCAAAUACAUCAACACUAAUCUUCCUUCGACUUAUUGUGGUGAAAAUAUUCUCACAGUUGAUAAUAAGAUAUGAUCUUUUGAGGCAGAGCAAAUAUAUAGCAUUCAUAUCUACUGGAGCAGUGAUAGCUAGAGCGUUAGUAGAAAAGGCAUUUAAGUUGUCUAAAUCUAACAAUUCUCCUGUUAAAGCUUCUAUUACAAAUAUUGCCACUCCAGUUCAUGUUAAGGCUCUUGUACAAAUGCUUUAUCAAAUUCUUGACUCAAUAAAGGGUUACUGUGAAUGGAAUAACAAUGCUAUUUCUUAUAAAAUUAAUAAAUCCUCAGCUGUAAUAACAUUUAUUGAAGUUGAGCAUCAGAAAUGCCUUUCUGCAAGAUAUUUUAUUAAAAAGCUUUGUAGUCUUAUAGCUAGUACUGGCAAUAAUUUCUGCAAUAAAAAAUUCAUGGAAUGUUUUAGCCAGCCUGAACCUCAAAAACAUUUCUUACGUUUAUCUCAAUUUCAGAGGUAUGGUUAUGAUGAAGAGAGUGUAAUGGAAGGGUUAAAAGCUAAGAAUACUACACAAUGGGAAAUUGCCUACUAUAAAGCCGAAGAGAAUCUGAAAAAUCAGUGA